AUGGAGCAGGUCACAGACGCCCGUGAGGUACGGCCACAGGCACCUCCGUCGCGUCCCCAGCCGCAGAGAACGGGCACCCGCCUCAUUUCCGUGGACAAUGUCCUUCAAUACGCCAGCGAAAUCCCCUCGGCGCAGCGUAGACUUCCUCCCGGCGCCCGUCCGCUCAAUCACAACCGUACGCCUUCCGGACGACAUCCCCUCGACCCGAAGCUGAGCGGCCGAGGCGUGCCUCUGAGCAAUGCGCAUAUUCCAGCGCGGAGCAGCAAGACCAGCGAGAAGCUCGUCCUCUUGCCCGAGACUUCCGAAGAGGGAGGAGACGACGAGUUCGAAGAGGAAGAUGACAGCGCGCCGCCGGAUGAUGAAGAGCUGCGGAGGCGUCGGAAAGCUGCUGGUGCGGGAAAGGCAAAGAGCGAAGCAGAGCGAUUGCCCAAAUCACAACGAAUAGCGGAUCCGCAGCUCGCGAGGGUGACGGCAUACUGCACAGCACAGAACUACAAACUGCGUAGCACAGCGCAGUUUGUGAGAGACCAGCACGGAGCCAAGACGAAACUGUACGACGACUGUCUGUACUGUGUCUACCAGCUGCCACUGCUGGGUGGGAGUGACGGCUACCGCGUACGCAGUAGUCCGGUUGUGAGACAUCCCGGUGGGCGCAGUGUGCUGGACGAGCAGAUCGAGGCGAAUGAGCGACGACAGUAUCGCGAAGGGUGGGGUGAAGAGAGCGAGGAGUACUCAGUACGCGGGAACUACAACUCGACUCUCCCGCCUGAGAUGCAAGAGGUGCUGGACGAGAGCGUCAGGGCAAACGGCGUGCAUCAAGAUCCUUGGCAAGACGACGAACGCGAUCGGAGAGAAAGUAGUGAUUCGUCCGCUUUCAGCAUUCCGUCGCCGCACGCCGCUGGUAUCUCUGCCGAUGCGCACACCGUCGCCGAGCUCUUCAUCUUCAGCUACGGCGUUGCUGUUCUUUGGAACUUUACACCCAAUCAGGAGAAGGACCUCCUUGCCGACAUGACCUUUUCCUCACAGUCGGCGAUGCCUUCGGGCAAGCAUCAACCCAAUCAUCUCUUACAGAAAGCUGCAGCUCUUGCACCGCCAUCUGCUCUACCGCUGAUGACCCGGCCGCUGGACGAGAGCGACUUUGAAACUGAAGAGUUCCAUUUCCAGUAUGACAACACAGCAGAGAAGCCUCGCAUAUACAACGACAUGAUCACCCUGCGGACCCGUGAUCACAUGAUCAAGCUGGCCAUGUCCCACGGAAUCGCACAGUCUACCAAGCUAUCCUUCUUCGAAGAGAAGAUGUCAAGGACCAUGUCCGAAGCGCAAUAUGUGCCAAGGAGACUUGCCUUGGAAGGGAGGUUGGGCAUGGACCGCAAAGAAAUCGUGGGUCUGGUGGGGAGACUCUUCGAGGGAAGAGUAGAGGUCAAUCUUUGUAAGUUUCGAUGGUCGAUUCCGUUGAUUGUGCUAACAAUUGGACUUCAGCCUCCAACAUGCUCGACACACCCUCUUUCUUCUGGGGGAGCGAGCCUACCUUGCACCCUCUCUACGCAGCCGUGCGAGAGUACCUCGAAAUCAGGCCACGCAUUCAGGUACUCAACGAGAGGUGCAAGGUGUUCCUUGACCUAGCCGAGAUUCUAUCCGACAGCAUUGCGGACGUCAAGAUGACCCGCAUCACCUGGAUCAUCAUCGUCCUCAUCAUCUUGAGUAUCCUGGUCACUUGCACAGAAGUCUUCCUCCGCUUCGGCAUUCUGGCUGCCAGUGGGAAGAAGGACAAGGAGGGCGCGGCUCUGCUUUUGGCCGCUGCUGGCAUGGGCGUUGACCAGAGCCGAUUGCUUGAGAUCGGUGCAUGA